AUGGGCCAGGUUUUGAAGAAAAUUAAAGAACAUGAAAGCAAUAUUAGUGGAGACAGUUGUUCUGUAGGAUUUCCAGAUCUUGCUGAUUUGCCACCUGAACUUAGUCUGUGUGUCCUUUCUCAUUUAAAUGCAACUGAUUUGUGUUUAGCUGCGUGCGUUUGGAGAGAACUUGCACAAGAUCAAAUAUUAUGGCAAAGCUUGUGUCGCAGCCAGUGGGGUUAUGCAACUAUUUAUUCACGAAGAAAAGCUAUUCAUUUUUCAUAUCAUCAGUUGUAUUUGCAGUUAGAUGAAGGGACUAUAACUUUUAAUGCUGAUGCUUUUAUGGGAAUGGAGUACUUUAUCAAGCAUCAGUUGAUUGACAACAAUCCAAAGGAGAUUGCACAUUUUAUUCAUAAUACACACACUUUAAAUGUAAGACAAAAGAGAUUGUAUUUAAAUGUAAGGAGAGAUGUUCUAAGUCACCUUAUUGAAUUACAUAAUUAUUCCAAGCAGUUUUUGCCUCAUGCUCUUCGAAGUUUCUUUAAAACGCUUCAAGCUCCAAAUCAGUUAGACAAUUACCUUCAUUUUUUGUUGGAAAAGUUUUCAGCAAGGUUUUGCCAGUGUAAUCCAGAACUACAGUUAAGCACAGAUAUGGUUUAUAUUUUGUGCUUUUCCUUGAUAAUGCUAUCUGUCGAUUUGGCAAGUCCUCAUAUAAAGAAUAAAAUGUCAAAGCGAGAAUUCAUUCGCAAUGUGCGGCAUGCAAUACACAAAGCUGAUGAUGAGUUCUUUGGGCACAUGUAUGACGAUGUUUACCUACGUGGACAUGUAGCUCCUAAUUCAGCAGAUUAG